AUGUUGUCUCUUGCACUGGCUGCCCGCAGCUUGACGAGACCAAGACCGUCGUCUAGAGCAUGGCCCCAAGCCGCUGCAUGUAUCACCGCCACCAGAUUUCUGUCCUCCAAGAAGUCUGAUGGCUCAGAUGAACCCAUCCCUAAUAAGCCUACUUUGGCUGCCGCCAUCAAAAACAAGAGCGGCGCCAAACUAGAAGGAAGCGUCACUACAGAGAAGAAACCUUCACGUUCACAGAAACCUGUUGAGUCCAAGCCAAAGCCGUCGCUGCUGGGAAAGUUCCUUCCUUUCAAUAAACUUCCCAAACCUCCCAGAGAGAUCACCGACAUGCCGUUGGAGCAGUUCUAUGCUAAGGUGUAUAUGCGAGACCUCCCCGAGCGGCCACAAAUCACGCCGUCCAACAUUUUUGCCUACAAGUUUGAGAUUCCGUCGCAGUUUAUACGCGCCAAGAAGCUCGAGAAGGGAUCCAAGCCAGAGCAGCCUUCGAGCUCAUUUGAGCCCGCCCACAACAUUUUGGAUAUCAAAUCCGAAUAUGAUGCCAACAACAUGAUGCGUUCGCCUGACCAUCCGUUGAAGGAGUCCAUAACGGGCAUGUUUGUGUCCAAUCCAUUAAUGGAAAGCAUUGACGACGACUUCCUCUGGGAUUUAUAUCCCAAGGGCAAGUCAUUUGGCCACGCGCCAUUUGGUGGCGACGCCAGCUUUAACGGUUUUAGAGACUGGGAAAAGGCAGAAAAUGCCAAGGUCAAGGAGAAGGAAGCACAGUUUGAAACCAAGUUGAACGAGAUGAAAGAUUUCAAUUCCACGUUGAGCGAAUCGAAGUCUUUCUACAGACAAACCCCUAUUGCACAUGAGAAGAAGGUUGAAACCAAAGAAACGUCAGCGAAAGAGUCAUCGAAAGACGAAGUGGAAGCCACAACGAAGAAGGUUGGCGGUAGGCGGAAGUUGGACAGGGGCCUUCUCAAGCAGUAUCGUAAGUAUAAGAAGGAAGGAUGGUUGAGACGGAGAAACUUACGUGAUGACGAAGAUGACGAAUUCUAA